AUGUCGCGAUCCAGAAGCACCGACGAUAUUAGCUCAAGCACUGGCAUCAGCAUCGUAGUCGACCGUGACGGAGACGAGGAGGUCCCCAUCUCGAGCUUAGACUCCCAGUUUCUGAACGCUGGUUUCCCCGGUGUCGGAUCGGGGGCGCCUUCCUUUCGCUUGGACCCAGGUCUCGUCGCCACGUUUCCCGGUGAAUACCUAUACGAUGAAUGCAAACCCGUACGGCACACUUACGAUUCUCACUGCUUAGACCCCCCAACAAGUGCUGCUUGGCUGGAUGGCGUCGGCACCAUUCUAUCCGAACAGCGGGACCAUGACUACUUUACCAACCGUCUUCACCAACCUAGUCCGGAACCUGACCGCUACCCCCCUUCUCCUCUGCUUCCAUACGCAGGCGAAGAAUACUUCCUCAAUUCACCGCUGGUCCCAUCAUUCAACAGCUUAUCGAUAUCAUCCCCCGUCCCCCCUUCCCCCUCGACUGACUUCGAUCAACAUGGACACCAUUCAGAUACAAGUUUCGACUUUACCAGCUCGCCGUUCUUGCAGCUCGCCUCCAGUUUGUCGCCGGGGAUGUCGUCGGGGAUGUCUAGUCCCAGCUUCCUUGCUGUUGAUCGGAGUAGUGCCUUAUUCGGUAACGACAACAAGGACCCCACCUUUGAUCGCCUCCCCAGUCUUCGUGUGGACACCAUAUUCUCUUCGCCCGGAGAAAUCCAGCAUUCACCGUCGCCACUCUCAGAGCCGUCUCCUUACCCUUCUUCACCCUUUCCCCCGCCCUCCUUAACACAUUCGUCGCCAUCAGCCUAUUCCCCGCAUCUAGGUCUCCCUUCCUCAUCAAGCCAUCAUUCGUCCAACUAUUCCGCGUUAUCCGGAGCCUUGGACGAAACUUGCGUAUCUGAUAGCGGGCUUGACGAGACUUUCGAUCACACUAGAGGUGCAUUCACAAGUGGCAGUCGGCGGCACAGCCAUACCGGUCUGAGGGCUGAUGUGCCUUCUAUCCUCAUGGGUACCGCGCUGGAAGAGCACCACAAUGAUCCCCGCAAGCCGGUUAUAAUGGAUGCCUCAAGCUUUCCCCUUCGAUCAUCACGUUCUGCCGUGCUAACUCCCGAGCUCCCACGCCUUCAGCUUGACGGCGUCGGGCAUGACCUUGCUCGUGGUCGUGCAGAAGAUCGGCAGGCAUUGAGUACUCCCGGCUCGAGGCGUGCUAGUCGCAGUCCAUAUGCCAGGCCACCACCCAUCGACGUGAAGGAUGCAAGCGCUAGUAGUGGGCAUAAGCGUAACAAGACGUACGAUCAAUUCCUCAACGUGCCUGGUGCAGCCCCUGGGAUGCGAUUACAGCCACCGAGCACGCACCAUAGACGGCACAGUACGGGGAAUCAUGGGCGUGACUCUCCUCCAGAACCGACGGGCUCUACGCUCAUCGUCCCAGGUCCAUCGACGAGUAGGGCCUUCACUCCCCCUGCUCAUCCCACACAUCGACCUAGUAGUAGUGAGAGCGGGCCGUUGCUGUCACCUGAAGAGUUCAAACCUCGUUUCUACUCUCCGAAAGUAGAGUCGCCUGUAGCUGGUCCUUCUCGCCAACUAGCUAUGGUUGAUUCCCUUCCGGAGGGCGCGGGGAUGACGAGGCGUAGCGCUCGUGUUCGUGCACGAGAGGAGGAACCUUCGGGCUCUGAGAAGGAGGGCCCCCAGGGUGAAGAGUUGUCCUUGCUCAACGAGAGUAUUCGUCGCGAGACAAUCGCUAGCUCCGCAACCCUCAAAGCUAGUGGCCACCGCCGAAAGAACGAGGUGAAGUUCUUUUGCCCUGUUUGUCAGAAUGGAUUCACCGCAAAGCAUAACCUACAGCGGCAUCUUCUUGCACAUAGUGGAAAGAAGCCAUUCUCUUGCAACUGUGGGCAAUCUUUCACGAAUAAAUGGGACCGUACUAGACAUCAGAAGAAGUCCCGAAUACCCGCCUGCUCAAAGUAA